AUUACCCUAAGAAUUUUUUCUGGUUUUAUUAGGUAUAUUUUUUCAUUUUUAUAAUUCGGCCCUCUCUUUCUAAACCUUAGCCCCCUCCCACAAGAUUAUUGGCCCAACCCAAAAACUUAAAAAUAAAAAAAUCAAAAUCAAAAAUUGGUUCCAUAUACUGUUUCCGUACUCUCUGGUUCUCUAGAAUAAGAAGUGUAAUCGAUUUCAGUGAGAGAUCUCUAUCGAGAUGGCAAGGUUGGAUGUUACUGGGUUCCUUUUGUUGGCUGUGUUCAUUUCCGCCACAGCAGAGACACAAAUCGUCCGUGCUUCUUUAGGGAGCCAGAAUGAGUCGCGAAUGGCUCGAUCCCCAAUUUCAGGCGCUGUGGUUCAAAUUCAAGAAGCUGAAAAUUCCUCUAAAAAUUCAAAACCCUAUAAUUUCUCAUAUUAUGGGGUGCUGAAUCCAGGUGGGCCGGACCCCGAUCAUAACAGUUCCCCCGCUACCAAUCUCAAUUCAACCGCUUCAUCUUAUGGGGACCCAGAUCAUGACAAUAUCAAGAGGGCAAGAGAAGCUACCAACUCCUCCGCUACCAAUCUCAAUUCAACCUCUUCAUCUUAUGGGGACCCAGAUCAUGACAAUAUCAAGAGGGCAAGAGAAGUUACCAAUUCCUCAGCUACCAAUCUUCUCAUUUCAAGUGACUCCAUGUUGAUCUCUUAUGUCAUUGUUCUGGUUGUAACUCUUCUACUGCAGCAAUGAUUUUCUUUAAGUUAUAUAUUAUGGUGAUACUUUUAUUUGUCUUGUAAAGUUUUUGGUGCUGGCUAUGAAGUUGUUUCUUUUAUUUGAUUUUAGUUUUAGGCACCUUUUUGUAAACAAAAUGAGGGGCUUACAUUUCUUGAAGUGUCUGCUAUAAUUAAUGAUGAAAAUGUUUGCCUUUAAGUACAACCUUCUUCUUCUACAUUUUCAGUACUUGAUGGAAGCUCUGUCAUGGAUUGAGG